UUUUUAUUCCUUUGAUGAAAAAUAGAGUCACUUCUUAAACCUUAUACACAAAAACCCUGUAAAUACCAAAACCCCACUCUCCAAAUAGUUCCUCUCUCUUUUCAGCCUAUUUCACUAUCAGCUUCGUAAAGUUCAUCAGCACAUCAUUAAUUUUAGUUGAUACAUUAUCCAUGUAUCACUGCUUCUUCAGUAACUGCAAUUUGAAUAUAGGUCGGUUUUUCACUGGGAUUGGAACUAUUCUGUUGAUUAGGUAAAGACUUCUCAAGACAUGGGAGGCAGGGGAGCUAUACCAGAUAAGUGGUCUAUGAGGGUUCUGUGGGUCUGUGCACUUGGAAGUGCGGUUGGCCUAUAUAUGGUUGCCGUAGAUAGACAAAUAAAGAACAGGGAACGGAUGAUGGCUGAAAAUUUGAAGGCUAUGGAAGGUGAAGGAGGUGGUGAGGAUGUUUGAAUUCUUACAUAUAUAAAUGAUGAGAUGCUUUUAACAACUUUUUGAAGAGCUUCCCCAAGUUUCCAAAUUGGGCCAUCUGUUUAUGUCAAAUGUUUCUUAAACUUUUUUUUUUCCCCUUUGAAAGUUUCUUAAUCCUUUUUCCCCCCUCAUAUGACAUCAAUUUUAUUGAUGACACAGGGUUUUCUUUCUAUUUUCUUUAGAAGGAUGAUAGUAGUAUGUUAGAAGUAAUAAUGAAUACUUGCCACCAAACAUUUUAAUUUUUUACAUGUUUCUCAACCCUUUUUGAGGUCUACAUAGUUAUCUUGAUGGUUA